GAUAAGAUAAGUUCAAUUUCUUCUCAGUUAUUCUUUACUAUUUAUUUGAAGAAGUUCAUUCUGAAUAAAUAUUUUAAAAAAAAAUUUAAUAAUGAAUCUUUUACAGGAAGUGUUUUUUACAUUUUUUCUAGCUGUGAUUGUUUAUUUUAUUUUUGAAUGGAUUACAAGAGACAGAGUAAACAAAAUUAUUAAUAAAAUUCCAGGACCUAUAAGAGUGCCUAUAAUUGGAACUACUUAUAGACUAUUUUUAUUCCCAAAAGAAGAACUUUUUAAAAGAGCAAAAGUACAUCUAAGAAAUUAUGGCCCUAUCAUAAGAACUUGGCUCGGUAGUACUCCUGUCGUCCAUUUAUUAGAACCUAAAGAUAUCGAGUUAAUUUUGAAUAAUUCUGUGCAAAUAACUAAAUCAUCGAUGUAUGACAGCGUCCGUCCAUGGUUAGGGGAUGGUUUAUUAACUUCAACAGGGAAAAAGUGGUUCACUCAUAGAAAAUUAAUAACACCAACGUUUCAUUUUACCAUUUUGGAGAAUUUUAUGGAAAUUUUCGUCGAAAAGAGCAAAUUAUUAGUGACAAAUUUACAAAAUAAAACCUCUACGGAAGUUUUCGAUUUAUAUCCACACAUUACAAAUUGUACAUUAGACAUUAUUUGUGAAACGGCUAUGGGAAUACAAAUUAACGCAAUGAGCGACCCAAAUAAUGAAUAUGUGAAAAAUGUUUCCCACAUUACUAAAGAAACUGUUGAUCGUUUAAUGAAACCCUGGUUACACCCCGAUUUUAUCUAUUAUAAAACCAACCAAGGUAAACGAUACAAAAAAUAUUUAUCAAAUUUGCACGAUUUUACAACCAAAGUAAUAAAAGAACGAAAAGAAAAAUUGAUUACUAAAUCCAAAACCGAUCAAACAAACGAAUCAAACUCAUCUGAACCGGAUGUAAUCGGUGGGAAAGUUCGGAAAGCGUUUUUAGACCUUUUAUUGGAGUCUCCCAUUAAUUUAACCGACAUGGAACUAAGAGAAGAAGUGGAUACUUUUAUGUUUGAGGGUCAUGAUACAACAACGGCAGGUAUAUGUUGGAGUUUAUUUUUAUUAGGAAAUCACCCCGACAUCCAAGAAGAAGUGUUUCGGGAAAUUACCACCGUUUUUGAAGAGUCUAAUGAUGGUGAAACUUUAACCAUUAAUGAUUUAGGAAAAUUAAAAUUGUUGGAACGGUGUGUUAAAGAAGCAUUGAGACUAUUUCCAAGUGUACCAACAAUAGGGAGGAAGUUAACCAAUGAUGUUAAAUUAGAAAAAUACUUACUUCCUGCUGAAUGUACUAUAAACCUACAGAUUUUCUUGGUACAUCAUGAUGAGAAAAUCUAUCCGCAUCCAGAAAAAUUUGAUCCUGAUCGAUUUUUACCUGAUAAUAUAAAAAAUAGACACCCUUAUGCUUAUAUUCCUUUUAGUGCGGGACCUAGAAAUUGUAUAGGACAAAAAUUUGCAAUGUAUGAAGAAAAAACUAUACUCGCCUACAUUUUAAAACAUUAUAAAGUCACCGCCAUUGAAUCCCAAGAAACAGUUAAACCAAUGAUGGAAUUAAUUUUAAGACCUAAAAAUGGUCUUUUAGUCAAAUUAGAAUCAAGAAAAUCUUAGAUACUAUGUAAAAAUUUACCAUUAAUGUGAACAAAUCAAAAAAUUAAAACAAAGUUAUUCUGUUCAAA